UCAUCUACACUCAAUCACACACACAUAUACACACAUACACACACCUGUCACAUGCAUACAUACAUAUAUAUAUAAAUACAUAAGCUUGCAUAAGAGUUGUAUCCCCUUUAUAUUCACCGAGAUGGAAGCGUGUGAAAGUAUUCCCUACGAGAAAGUAGAAUGUAUUGCCAAUGUCAUAAAACCCAAGCUAAAAGCUAUGCCAAAGCUUGGAGUCAUCUGUGGAUCUGGUCUUGGAGGCCUGGCUGACAUGGUAACUGACAAAGUCUGCUUCCCUUAUUCAGAAUUGCCUGACUUCCCAGUCAGCACAGUUGCUGGUCACAAAGGUCAGUUUGUUGCUGGUCACAUAGGUGGCAAAUAUGUAAUUGUUAUGCAAGGACGACUGCAUGCCUAUGAAGGAUAUUCGAUGGCAAAGGCCACGGUGCCAGUUCGAGUGAUGAAACUUCUUGGUGUUGAAACUUUGAUUGUCACCAAUGCAGCUGGAGGCCUUAACCAGAGCUAUAAUGUUGGGGAUUUCAUGAUCAUAAAGGACCAAAUCAAUUUCCCUGGCUUCGUUGGAAUUAAUCCACUGAAAGGACCAAACGAUGAAAGAUUUGGUCCAAGAUUUCCAUCUGUAUCAAAAGCUUAUAAUCUAGAAUAUCGUAAACUUGCUCGUCAAAUUGCAGAAGAACUAGGAUAUUCUCAAUAUCUGCGAGAAGGUGUUUAUUGUUCUCUUGGUGGCCCUACAUAUGAAACUGUAACUGAAUGUCUUUUCCUUAGGAACGCUGGAGCCGAUGCCGUUGGUAUGAGCACUUGUCCUGAAGUGAUUGUAGCAGCGCAUGCCUCCAUGAAAGUAUUUGGUUUAUCUCUCAUCACAAAUAAAAGCGUCAUGGAAUAUGACAGUGAGAAAGCUGCAAACCAUGAAGAAGUUUUAGAGACUGGCAAGAAACAAGCAUGCUUACUAUUGAAGUUUAUCUCUACAAUUAUCACCAAAAUGAAUGUUUAGAAAGUGAGGUCUAUUGGUGUAGUGUUAAUUUUAACAAGUCCUAAGUUUAGAUGUAAGUGAUGGAUCUUCCUUCACAGUAAUAACAAUGGACUUUUACCUGUCUCGAAGCCCUUCUGGCAUUGACUUUACCGGUUAUUUGUUCUGUAUAUGAUAAUAAACACUUGUAAUAUCUCAGGACCAGUUCACUGAAUUGUACUCAUUCAAAAUAAAUCAUUAUAAUUAUUA